UAGAAUCCAAUCAUGGUUUAGCCGGUAGCAUAAGUUCUCAUUUCUGUCGUCGCCAAGCACAUCUGACGGCGUACCUCGCAUUCAUCGGAGUUGUAGGCCGUACGUAUCACCACCGGAUGAUUAAGGUAAGGUAAGGUAAGCGAGAAUAGAGAGAGACGGGGCAUUCGUUUGUUGUCCUUUGCCACCGAGGAAGGUUAUUUGAGUUUUUCUCCGUCUCCCCUGUUAUUAUUCGUCGACCCUUCGAGGAAAGUAAGAGAAAAAGAGAGAGAGAGAGAUAGAGGGGAAGAAAACCUAAGUUUUUUGUUUUUUCUUUUGGAUCCUUAUCGCUCUUGUAAUCUCUCAAUUACUAUCAUUCUGUUAUCGUUGAAAUCGGCGAUCCGAGAGGGUCUGAUUGCCCUUCUUCUAGGAGAGAAUCGGACGAUUGAGGUGAGGGUGGAAUUUUGCUGUGAUUCGAUAUGUUGAUGGGGCUUCUUCGAAGAAAUGCUAACCCGGCGGAACGAUAGCUCCGAUCUUGAAGUUGAGGAGAGAAUCGAAGGCGAGAAGCGAUGGAUGUCGAUUCGUCUAUGGUGCCUGAGACCGAUCAAGGUCCUGGGCAGAACCACGAACCACCUGUCGGAGGAGCGAUCUCGUCUAUAGACAAGCACGGAGAGCUGGAGCUCGGUGCGGCAGAGCAGUCGGUCGCUUCAGUGUCUUCACAAUCGCAGCCACAACCGCAACCGCAACCGCAAACGCAACCGCCUCAGGUGCAGCAACAGCAGCAGCCGACACAGCUACAGCCGCAACAACCUCAGGUGCAGGCAGCUUCGGUAGGCGGACCGAGGCCGGCUCCUGCGUAUUCGGUUGUUAAUGCUAUAAUCGAGAAGAAAGAGGAUGGGGCGGGGUCUAGGUGUGGUCACACGUUGACCGCAGUUGCUGCCGUCGGGGAGGAAGGAACGUCUGGUUACAUCGGGCCUCGGCUCAUUCUGUUUGGUGGUGCCACAGCUCUUGAGGGCAAUCCUGCGGCGUCUGGACCUCCUUCGUCUGCGGGAAGUGCUGGCAUCCGUCUAGCUGGUGCCACUGCGGACGUGCACUGUUAUGAUGUAUUGUCAAAUAAAUGGAGCCGGCUUACACCUCUUGGAGAACAACCAUCACCGAGAGCAGCACAUGUGGCGACUGCUGUGGGUACUAUGGUGGUUAUUCAGGGGGGAAUUGGUCCAGCUGGUCUGUCUGCAGAGGAUCUCCAUGUUCUGGACCUUACACAGCAACGGCCUCGAUGGCACAGGGUGGUUGUCCAAGGUCCUGGCCCAGGUCCACGUUAUGGACAUGUAAUGGCUCUUGUUGGGCAAAGAUUCCUCCUUGCAAUUGGUGGAAAUGAUGGAAAGCGGCCUUUAGCUGAUGUUUGGGCCCUGGACACAGCUGCCAAGCCUUACGAGUGGCGGAAAUUGGAGCCAGAAGGUGAAGGCCCACCUCCAUGCAUGUAUGCCACAGCAAGUGCACGUUCCGAUGGUCUUCUUCUGCUUUGUGGGGGGAGAGAUGCAAACAGUGUGCCACUUGCAAGUGCAUAUGGUCUGGCCAAACAUCGGGAUGGUCGUUGGGAAUGGGCAAUUGCUCCUGGUGUCUCGCCAUCUCCUAGAUAUCAACAUGCAGCAGUUUUUGUUAAUGCACGGCUUCAUGUAUCUGGAGGGGCCCUUGGUGGUGGCCGUAUGGUGGAAGAUUCCUCAAGUGUGGCAGUUUUGGAUACUGCUGCGGGAGUUUGGUGUGAUAUAAAGGGUGUUGUUACAAGUCCCAGAACAGGAAGAUAUAGUGCUGAUGCAGCUGGUGGAGAUGCUGCAGUUGAAUUGACAAGGCGUUGUAGGCAUGCAGCUGCUGCUGUUGGUGACUUGAUCUUUAUUUAUGGUGGUCUACGUGGUGGAGUUUUGCUAGAUGAUCUGCUUGUUGCUGAGGAUCUUGCUGCUGCUGAAACUACCAGUGCAGCUUCAGCAGCUGCUGCAGCAGCUGCUGCUGCAAAUAUACAAGCAGGGAGGUUAACUGGUAGGUAUGGAUUUGCUGAUGAAAGAACAAGGCCAGCAAUGCCUGAAGCAGUUCCUGAUGGUGCAGUUGUGUUGGGUAAUCCUGUUGCUCCUCCUAUAAAUGGAGAUAUCUAUACAGAUAUAAGCACUGAAAAUGCAAUGCUUCAGGGACCUAGCAGGAGACUGACCAAAGGUGUUGAGUACUUGGUCGAAGCCUCAGCAGCAGAGGCUGAAGCUAUUAGUGCUGCCCUAGCUGCUGCCAAAGCCCGACAAGUUAAUGGAGACAUUGAGCAAAUGGCAGACAGGGAUCAAGGAGCAGAGGCUACUCUGAAUGAGAAACAGAAUUCUACCCUGAUUAAGAUGUCCGAUGCUAAUUUGUUAAAUAAUGUGCCUCCGCCUGGAGUUCGACUGCACCACAGAGCUGUGGUUGUUGCUGCAGAGACGGGAGGAGCUCUAGGUGGUAUGGUCAGGCAACUUUCAAUAGAUCAGUUUGAAAAUGAAGGCAGACGGGUUAGCUAUGGCACUCCAGAGAAUGCAACUGCAGCUAGGAAACUAUUAGAUCGGCAAAUGUCUAUUAAUAGCGUGCCUAAGAAGGUGAUUGCACAUCUUUUGAAACCUCGUGGUUGGAAGCCUCCUGUCCGUCGGCAGUUCUUCUUAGAUUGCAAUGAAAUAGCAGAUCUUUGUGACAGUGCUGAAAGGAUAUUUUCAACUGAACCUAGCGUGCUACAAAUAAGGGCUCCUGUGAAGAUAUUCGGUGAUUUGCAUGGGCAGUUUGGAGAUCUAAUGCGUCUGUUUGAUGAGUAUGGGUCUCCUUCAACAGCAGGAGACAUCGCUUAUAUCGACUAUUUAUUCCUAGGAGAUUAUGUUGACCGGGGACAACACAGCUUGGAAACUAUUACUCUUCUGCUUGCCCUGAAGGUUGAGUAUCCACAUAAUGUACAUUUAAUUCGUGGGAACCAUGAGGCAGCAGAUAUCAAUGCUCUAUUUGGCUUCCGGAUUGAGUGUAUUGAGCGCAUGGGGGAGCGGGAUGGAAUUUGGGCAUGGCAUCGCAUAAACCGGUUAUUCAAUUGGCUUCCUCUAGCUGCCCUUAUUGAGAAGAAAAUCAUCUGCAUGCAUGGUGGUAUUGGUCGGUCCAUAAAUCAUGUAGAGCAGAUAGAGAACAUUCAACGUCCGAUUACGAUGGAAGCAGGCUCAGUUGUUCUAAUGGAUUUGUUGUGGUCUGAUCCAACAGAAAAUGAUAGUGUUGAAGGAUUACGACCAAAUGCUAGAGGUCCAGGUUUGGUCACUUUUGGGCCUGAUCGUGUCAUGGAAUUCUGCAACAACAAUGAUCUCCAGUUGAUUGUUCGUGCUCAUGAGUGUGUGAUGGAUGGCUUUGAACGUUUUGCGCAGGGACAUUUGAUUACUCUUUUCUCCGCCACCAAUUACUGCGGUACCGCAAACAAUGCUGGGGCAAUCUUAGUUUUAGGAAGAGACCUUGUGGUAGUUCCAAAGCUCAUUCAUCCAUUACCUCCAGCAAUUUCAUCACCAGAGACAUCACCAGAACACCAUAUUGAAGAUACAUGGAUGCAGGAGCUUAAUGCUAACAGACCUCCAACACCAACUAGAGGCCGCCCUCAAGUUGCAAAUGAUCGAGGUUCACUUGCCUGGAUUUAGAAUAUCCUCAGGUGUUUGAUAUUCUUUCAAUGGCCUCAGCGACCUGAGGCUAGUGCCACCAGCUGGGGUUGUGGUGGUUGUCUUACACAAAACAUGACGGCUUGAACUGGACUGGAAUUCUGAAACAUGCGGUCAUGUCCAUGAUUCAGUUGAGGUUUUCACCGUAAACCUCGAUACCCUCGGCAUAUGGGGCGAGAUUGGCAAAGCGGGAGUCUGAUUGGAGCUGAGUUAAACCCAAGGUUGCAGGUAGUGGGAUUGGUUGAUUACUUUCAUCAUAGAAGUACCAAAACGACUGUGCAGAUCUCUCCUGAGCCUCUUGUACAUUGAGCCACAGGCAGGUAGAAGUUAUAUUAAAGUCCUUAUUUCUCCCAGUUGGAGUGAUAGUCAUUGGGUAUUUGUCUCAUUAGUUAUUAUUCUUUUUGUCCCCCCUCCCCUCCCCUCCCCUCCCCCCCUGGUUCCUUUUUCUCAAGAGGACAUAUGGGGUCUUAUAUAUGAUGGUCAGAUAAUAUAAAACCUGUAAUGGGCAUCCAUGUAUCAUAGAGUUGUUGGUAGGUACAAUCACAGUGCCUUGUGUAAUUUUCUUCGUGCUGUUUGUACAAUGUAGCUUUCUUGUGAAGAUAAAUGACUUUUUGUUUUUUGUCCAAA